CUGGCUGCCAGUAGUUCUCUGUCUUCAGUAGCUGGAACAAUCAGUCGUCAGCGAUCGUUAUUCCACUUACUUCCUGUCCAAAGAGAAUGGAUCCUCAAGGUCUGAGAGAAGAUCUCCAUCUGUUUCAGAGCACGUUGCUGCAGGACGGACUCCGAGAGCUUCUGAAUGAGAAUAAGUUAAUUGACUGCAUACUAAAGGUUGGAGACAGAAGCAUCCCUUGCCAUCGGCUCAUUCUGUCAGCAUGCAGUCCAUAUUUCCGGGAGCUCUUCUUCACAGAGGAUGGCAAGGAGUUAGAUAAGAAAGAGUUUUCUCUGGAGGAUCUUGACCCUAAUAUUAUGGAGGCGAUUGUGACUUAUAUGUACUCAGCUGACAUUGACAUCAAUGACAACAACGUACAGGAGAUUUUGGCUCUUGCUAAUCGCCUCCAGAUUCCUUCAGUGUUCACAGUUUGUGUGAAUUAUCUCCAGAAGAAACUGACCAUGAAAAGCUGCCUUGCCAUCUACAGGCUGGGUCUGAUGCUGAACUGUCCGAGACUGGCCAUGGCAGCCAGAGAUUACAUCGCAGAUCGCUUCGAGACCAUAGCUAAGGAGGAUGAGUUCUUAGACCUGGCUCCACCAGAACUCUUUGCCAUCAUCGGAGCUGACGCGUUGAACGUUGAAAAGGAAGAGGUCGUGUUUGAGUCUCUCAUGAGGUGGAUCAAAAAAGACAAGGACAAACGUGCUAAAUCCUUGGAAGACGCCUUCGAGUACAUUCGCUUCCGUCUGCUUCCAGAGAAGUAUUUUAAGGAGAAAGUGGAGAAAGAAGAGCUUAUUAAGGGAAAUCCUGAGCUCGUCAAAAAGACGAAGGACAUCAAGGAUGCGUUUGCCGGGAAGUUGCCUGAAAAGAAGAAGGGGGAAGGUGAAGCGGAAGGAGAGGAGGGAAAGCUACCUGGUUACCUGAACGAUAACCGCAGAUAUGGCAUGUACACCAAGGAAAUGAUUGUCAUGCUAAACGACACUGCUGCUGUGGCCUACGAAGCACAAGACAACGAAUGUUUUCUCACAGCCAUGGCUGAGCAAAUCCCCCGAAACCAUGUCAGUCUGGCAACAAGGAAGAACAAUCUGUAUGUGUUGGGAGGACUGUUUAUGGAUGAAGAAGACAAAGACAGCCCACUGCAGUGUUACUUCUACCAGUUGGACAGUCUUGCUGCUGAAUGGAUUGCUCUGCCACCCAUGCCUUCCCCGAGGUGUCUCUUUGGUAUGGGUGAAUUUGACAAUCUCCUCUUUGCCAUAGCAGGGAAAGAUUUACAGUCCAAUGAGUCUCAUGACACCGUCAUGUGCUACGACACAGAAAAAAUGAAGUGGUCGGAAACCAAAAAGUUACCUCUGAAAAUCCAUGGCCACUGUGCGGUUUCAGAGAAUGGGCUGGUUUACAGUAUUGGAGGAAAAACAGACGACAAUAAAGCAACCAACAAGAUGUUUGCAUACAACCACAAGAAGUCAGAGUGGAAGGAGGUUGCAGCCAUGAAGAUGCCUAGAUCCAUGUUUGGAGCAGUUAUUCACAAAGGGAAGAUAAUCGUUGCCGGAGGAGUCAAUGAGGACGGCCUGACGGGUGCUUGCGAAGCGUAUGACUUUGGAACCAACAAGUGGUCGCCUUUUACAGACUUUCCCCAGGAGAGGAGUUCAAUGAAUUUGGUCAGCGUUGGAGGGCUUCUAUAUGCCGUAGGAGGCUUUGCUGUGUUGGAGAAUGAGAACAAAGAGUGCGCUCCUACUGAAGUCAUUGACAUUUGGCAGUACGAAGACGACAAAAAACAGUGGUCCGGUAUGAUCAGAGAGAUGCGCUAUGCAGCCGGAUCUUCCUGUGUCUCAAUGCGCCUAAAUGCAGCCAAAAUGCCCAAACUGUAACGAGGGACGUCCGUUGUUCUGGCUGUAUGAGAAUCACAUGUAAAUGCUGUUAUCAAUACUAACAAAACAUAUUUUUACCUCUAGGUUAGAUUUUAAUCAAAUGUACUAUAGUUUUGUGGCUUUUUAUCUUUUAUCAUCAAACUAAACAAAAGUUCCUGUCAUGUCUAAUAUUUUAUUGUGUAAAUUAGUUUUAUCACUCAACUCCCUAAAAUACACUGUAUACCAUUAAAAUAUCACAAACUCAA